ACAGCUUCUGAUUCUUCCCAGGGUGGCGGGCCUUGUGGGAAGAAGAGGGAUCGCCGGUGGCUGGCGAGUAGACAAAUUUCUUUUGAGAGUUUGCUUUUUUGCUUGUUUCGAUUUUGCGAUUGUAGCAUUCGGGUAGCUGAUGUGGCUGGCCCACUCGGGGUGCAGUCAUUGAGGGAUCUGUUCCGGGGGAGGCCCUGUAGCCAGCGGAUUUUUCAUGCAGUACCGUAGUGGGAGGCAGUACAGUGGUAGUCGGGCCCGGCGGAAUCCACCUCCCAAGCAUGAAGUGAUUUUGGGAGUUGCCAUAGCUUCGGCCAUAUAAGUCCUGCGACCAUUUCCAGUCUCUAUUGUGUCUCGUUCUCUCUCCAGCAGUUGCUUGUCAUACUCAGAGGUCAUCUCGUGACCAUGGUGAGAUUACCGCUUGCAGCGAAACAUCACUAUCACUCACGCAGCUUACAAUCGAGAAGGAGAUAACUACCACACGAUUCUGAUUGCCUUCCUUCUCACUGAGUCGAAUUAUGUGCUCGGUAACCCUGAGGACAUCAAUCAGCAGAUCUGAUCACUCCGGGUGCUUACACAGCUGAAUCCCCUUCCAUUCCUUCAUUCUCUUGAUCUCCGAGGUUCAUUGUUUAGUGUGAGUUAUUGGGGGGCCGUAAGAGUGAUCGUCAGGUUGCUGGGAGCGAACCGGGCACCUUUGAGGAGUAUCGCAACCGUCGUUGUCACUUUUACCCAAAGCCCGUCAGUCAUUUCUCUGAAGAGCAGUGCUGCUGCCGAGUGUAAGAUAGUUUCUCGAAACACAAUUCAGGUCCGUUGCAGUUUAAACACGCCAGUGCAGCCUGUGAAACGCUACCAAAUCAACCGACAGGUUUAGAAAUAUGGUGCUAUGGGUAUUUGGUUAUGGUUCUCUAAUUUGGAAGGCGGGUUUUGAGUACGAUGAACGUGUUGUAGGGUUCAUCAAGGGCUAUAGACGUGUGUUUAAUCAAGCUAGCACUGAUCACCGUGGGACUCCCGAGUACCCUGGACGGACGGUCACUCUUGAGCCUGAGAAAGGUGCACAGGUAUCGGGCUGUGCCUAUCGAGUAUCAGGCUAUGAUGCUGAACAACUAGUACUCUCUUAUCUGGAGCUACGAGAGUUUGAGUAUGACGUGCGGGCUUUCGUUGACUUCUACACAGAAGAAUCACCGGAAGAGCCAGCAAUUACUGGGGUUUUGGUGUAUAUUGGAUCCCCAAAUAGGUUGAAAAACCAGUACUAUUUGGGGCCAGCUUCUCUCCAGAAUAUGGCUAGCCAAAUAGCAACGGCUAGAGGUCCUGCUGGUCCAAAUUACGAGUACUUGUUCCGGCUAGAAGAAGCACUUUAUGAAAUUGGUUGUGAGGACGAGUACAUCAUUGAACUUGCCAACGAGGUUCGGAAGCUCUUAGGAGUGUACGAGGAUGGGAGUUUGGUAGCGUUCGAGGAUGGAAGUUUGCAACAAGCUUUUGAGGAUGCAAAGAUAUCACAAGGUUACGAGGACAAGACUCAGUACGAGAAGCAGAUCGAGAAGUAUGAUAGUCUGAAGCUGCUAGAUAGCUUUGAUGAUCGAAUGCUCUUUGAUGGUUACGAGAGAAUUCUCUCAUAGGGUCACCUUCUCAUUCUAUUGUUCUUGACUGUAGAAUAUUCACCUUCUGUUUUGGGGUGCUAGGAGGUGGCCUUUCUUAGCUUCACUGUUCCUAACCUUUUUUCUAGGGACAGCACUUAUUGAAACUGACAAAUUUUUCUCAUGAACGAUCUCAUCAGUGGCCCUAUUGGUGCCACCAAAUUUGAGUUGGCCAGUUGGUAUCUAACCUAUUUUCUAAUUAAUCUGGUAGCGUAGCACAAAGCAUUUAUAUUUGUAUUUUGGUACAUAAAUCCUCAUUUAUCCA